AUGUAUCAAAAAACACACCUGGGACAUGAAGGUGAUGAAAGAGAGCUACCUCACAAAAGUUUAAAUGCCAACGAGAAAUUAGCCAUUGACAAUAAGUUGUCGCUAGGUGUACCAUUAAAUGUUUUGUUAGGACAAUAUGAAUCAACACAGCGAAAUGGUGAAGAUAUAUGCAGUCGUAUUGAUUUGUUGAAUUACCAAGAUAUACCAAAUAUUUCUAAACAAUAUAAUCUUUUAAUGAACCUUUUCCAGCACAAUACAAAGAAGAUUCAAAAAAUAUAG